AUGGCCGCCACAUACUCUCGUCAUCAGAGCAAUCGGCAUACUGUCAAUACGAAGACCUUGCCAAUCAGCCUGCCAUCAAAGUCACCGGCGUACUCGCAUCCAGUAUCGCGAGUUGCCAUCUCGCCACCAGAGUAUUCCGACUAUUCUUCUACGGGAUCUUCCCGGCAUUCAGCGGGAUCGUAUUCGGCUCGCUCACGCUCAUCAUAUGCGUCGUCGGACUACUCGUCUCCAGACUACGAUUCCGGCUACAGACAUGAUCCUCGCGACAUCGAUGACAUGCUGAGCGAUCGCAUGAACAAGGCGUUUGAUCCGAUCAAAAUGGAUCGCGCGCUCGCUCGUCAGACGCAAGAUUCUGGAAAAUUGAACGACAAGGAAAGGCAGCUGAGGGAGUUGCAAGACCGUGCGCGAGCACGCUUGAAGUCGGCCCGCGUCAAAUUUGACGAGGGCGUUGAGGACGCGAAAGAAAUUCGGCGCGACCUCGAUUAUUGCCGAAAGGGAGUCGAUUCGAUGAAAUCUCGCAGCGAGAAGCAGUACCCGGAGGCCUACGCCAAAGCGAAAGAUCGCAGAUCUCGCCAUACUUAA